UGCACGUCACAUUAUGGCGCUCGGAAAGUCGGGAAUAAUAGGCGCUGUCUGGAAAGCAUUCGUGUCAAUGAGCAUUCUGCUGGAAUCUUUAGCCCAUGCUUCGACGGCUCACAAUGUGUCCAUCACGUUAGGUCACAAUGUAUCGGAUACAGUGGCGCCUCCAAGUCUGAACAGCAGUGUCGGCGCGACGGAGGAGGUAAACUACCGGCAAGUCCUUAGAGACGUGGUGGCCGCCGGACUUUCCAAAGUGCCGCGCUCUUUGGUACGGAAGCUCCUAGCAGCCCACGUGCGGUUCGAGUGCAGCACGGCGCUGUUGAGAACCAUGAAGGCCCUCCAGAACCUGGAGCCAUGGGUGCUAAGACUUAUUGACGCUACAGGAAAGUACCCUUCCGGAGCCUUCGAGCUUUCCCGCGUCGACCUGGGAGCAUUCGACGAGUGCCUCGAGACCACUGUGCGAGACCGCAACGGGGCCGUACUUUCACGGGGCCAGUACUGCAACUUGCUCAUCUACGUUGACAAUGCCACGGCGCAGCAAGCGAUUUUGAACUCCAUUUCAGAUACUCUAUCCCCUAGGCUACUCUAUUUCGGCAAAUAUGGCGGUAUUCCAGGAGAUCCCCUUGGUCGAUUGGGCGUGUGCUAUAUUGAUGACUGUAACCAACACGACUUACAAGCUAUGGUCAACGCAGUAAGCCCUCGUUUCGCCAGGCUUGAAGUAUCAAACUGCGUGACAGGUGAACCAAGACCAUGGAACAAGUCGCAAAUAGCGAUCGUAAUAUUCGCAGCAAUCCUACUCGUUGUCAUUGUCAUCAGUACGCUGGUCGACCAUUUCGAGGGAUGGACGUCCAAGUGGAGAAAAAAUCACGGUCUCCUGUUUCAAGUUGCUGUGGCCUUCUCGGCAAAAUCCAACACACGAUUUCUACUCCAUGCACCUAGCAAAGAUAAGGUUGAGCCAAACUCCCUGCAAUUCUUGCAUGGCGUUCGAAGCUUAACGGUUAUGCACAUUGUGUUCGGACACACCCACAUGACAACCACUGAAACUUAUGCACGGUUACUGGGCUUGUUAGAAAAUACGACACAGUGGCAAAACAUGAUCAUACCCGCAGCAUUGAAUGGCGUCGACACUUUCUUCUUUCUCAGGAGCGCUUCAUUUAGCCCUUACCUCUCACAACUGGAAGUGCACAGUUAUAUUGAAGAAGCGAAGAAAUUUGACGAACAUUUGCAGACCCAACACAAGAAGCAAGUAUUAGUCCAUUGCUGGUACUUAUCAGCGGACUUCCAGCUCUUCGUGGUCUCGCUUCUGACAUUGCUGAUAUUUAGACGACGAAAUCUUGUGACCCUGGCAGCAUUCGCCGUGCUUUCUCUGCUUGGAUGUGCCAUAGCAACAUGGACCAUGGCAAGAUUGAAUCUGCUGCCAUUCAUCCUUAUUCCUUUCCCUGAUUACGCGCGAAUGAUGAACACGCUGAACUAUUAUUACAUCCUACCUUUUUAUCACGCCGUGUGCUACUUCAGCGGCUGUAUGAUGUCCCUCAUCGUAACUGACUUCGGAAAGCUCAAGAUUUCCAAGGUGUCCAUCGCUUUGCAGCUGGCAGGCUGGUGUGCGUCUGUGAGCUGCGGCCUCUUCUGUGUAUUCGUAAAGUUUCCAUGGUACUUAGAAGAGAAUCCCACCACGAAGAACGUAGAGAUAACUGUGGCCUUCUUCGACAGAAUACUGUGGUCAGUCUCUCUUGCUUGGAUUACGCUGGCCUGUUCAACCGGCCGAGGGGGCCCGGUGAACACGUUCCUAUCAUGGAAUGCAUUCCUGCCACUGAGCAAGCUUGCGUACGGCGUCUAUUUGAUACACAUGCCAUUUAUUGAGCUGAUGAUGCACUCGUCAAGAGAGCGAGUCUACUAUUCGGAGUUUAGCCAGGUUACGCUUCUCUUCGCCGUGCUCGUGUGGUGCUUCUUGCUGUCGUACUUCGCAUUCAUCGCAUGCGAGGCACCGACAGCAGCGCUCGACAAACUCGUUUUCGGCUGGCUGAGGAGAAGUGGCAGUUCCCGGAGACAGCAACAACAAGAACAGCUUGAAGGCGGCACCAUGAAUUCAUACACCAAUGGUGUAGAGGGCAAGCGACCUUCACUGCAGUAAAGAAGCAA